GGUGGUUUGUAGUCAUCUUGAAGAAGAGAUUUGAGGUUUUACUUCUAUCUCAAGCAGUCAUGACCAUGAAGGAAAUUAAAGAAGAAGGCUUUGAUGAUUUUCUCCAAGAGUAUUCAAAGCGAACCCAAGAGGAUGAUUCAACCAGCAAAGAAGAAAUGAGUCCUGCAAUAAAAAUGGAAGAGGAGUCCAAUGUUACAGGAAACAGUCAUGAUGGUAUGACGUCUAUCAGGAAGGUGUCAGAAUCAUCUAAACUGGUUACAAAAAAGAUGGAGAUCAAAGAAGAAGAUGAUGAUUUUCUCCAAGAGUAUUUAUGGCAACCACGACAGGAUGAUUCAACCAGCACAACAACCUGCAAAAAAGAAACGAGUUCUGCAAUGGACAUUAAAGAGGAAGAGGAGUCCAAUGUUACAGGAAACAGUCAUGAUGGAAUGAAGUUUUCCAGCAAGGAGUCAGAAUCAUCCCAACUGGUCACAUACAAGACGGAGAUCAAAAGAGAGGACUUUGAAGUCUCCUUGCACAGAAUACAAGAGAAUGAUGACACAAAAUCAUCUUUCUUUAAGGAAGAAAAUUGUUCAUCCGUGGAUAUUGAAGAAGAAAUUGACCAUAACCUGAUCGAGAAUGGCAACAAUGGCAUGUCCCCUACAAGUGCCCCUGUGGUCAACAUGCAUACUGGGAGGACAUUUUUGUGCACCACAUGUGGAAAGAUGUUUAGUUAUGUAGCACAUUUAAGGAGACACCAGAGGCUUCAUACUCAUACUGGUGAAAAGACUUACCCUUGUAAAACAUGUGGGAAAUGUUUUACAACAAAGGAUACUCUUCAGGCACACCUGAGGAUUCAUACUGGAGAAAAGUCUUUCCCAUGUACAACAUGUGGAAAGACGUUUCUACGAAAAGGUGGACUUCAGAAACACCUGAUGACUCAUACUGGAGAAAAGCCUUUCCCAUGUAUAACAUGUGGAAAAUCCUUCAGAGAAGGAGGAACUUUAAGAAGACACCAGAUGAUUCAUACAGGUCAAAAGCCUUUUUCAUGUAUCACAUGUGGAAAAACAUUUAGAGACACAAGCAAUUUAAAAACACAUCAGAGGACUCACACUGGUGAAAAGCCUUACGUAUGUGCCACAUGUGGAAAGGCCUUUACACGGGCAAGUUGUUUAAAGAUUCACCAGAGUACCCACACUGGUGAAAGAUCAAUGUGCCACUGAGUAGAUUGGGCAGAUAUGUGUAAAUAAAAAAAGGGGGGGUUUUGGUAACAUUAUUAGAAUGCUUAACAUACUGUAUGUAAAUGAUUGCACUGCUAUAAUAUGAAGGAAAAAUGUGCAAUUUCUUAAAAGGUUCUUUUUAAUUUAAAUAUCCUUAAGUAUUCUUGUGUGCUCUGACAAGACAAUUGUGCUGAAUACUUUAUUAUCUCAUUACCUUUAAGACAUCAUUUCCAAAAACAACUAAACAAAUGAGCUGAUCUCAAUUUAAAAUAACAUGCAGAAAUGUAGACCACCACUUAGAAACAUCCUGCCAUGCAUUUAAGGAUACAUGUUAAUGUUUUGACAAGAAACAUGUUGUAAUGUGACUCCAUGUAAAAAAUGAAUGUAUUGCACUCUGUAAAUGUUUAAAGAAUUAAAGAAUAAUGGAUGGAA